AUGGCUGAUUCCACUGCGUCUAACGCAUCGGUUGAUUCUGAACCUCCUGCUCCGCCUCCUAUUCUUCCUCCUGUUUCAAAUCCCACUUCUGAUCCAUAUUCAAGCCCUCUCUAUCUCCAUGCUGCUGAUUCUUCCAACCUUCAGCUGGUACCUGAAAAGCUACAAGGUGAGUCAAACUACAACAUCUGGUCUCGAGCCUUUCUCAAAGCCCUCAAUGCCAAAAACAAGAUGGGGUUCGUUUUUGGUACUGUCCUGAAACCUCCGGCUGAUCAUCCCGACGCUGGCUUAUGGUCUCGCACCAACGAUAUGGUGUGUACUUGGCUCAAUAAUGCUGUGAGUCCUGAAAUCGCCAGCCUUGUCGUGUAUCUUGAUGAGGCUCAUCUCAUAUGGUCUACUCUGGAAAGUAGAUUCAAGCAGCAGAAUGUCUCGAAGGUGUACAACAUUCAACACCAGCUUGACACUCUGCAUCAAGGGUCGUUGGAUCUGAACACAUAUUUCACGAAACUCACAUCGCUCUGGGAAGAGCUGCGAAAUUUUGAACCCUUCCCAGCCUGUACCUGUGGUGGCUGCACCUGCGGAGGCUGUACCUGUGGUGGUUGUUCUUGUAAUCUCCCAGAUCAGUGGUCUUCCCUGUUUGAACGAACCAAUGUCGUGAAAUUCCUCAUGCGACUGAACGAUUCCUACACUGCUGUUCGACGCCAGAUUUUGAUGCUUGAUCCCCUGCCUAACCUCUCAAAAGCUUACAAUCUUGUUUCUCAAGAGGAGCAGCAGCGGAUCUCCUUCGGUUCCUCCUCCGAUCAGGCAGCUUUUCAGAUCUCGGCUCCUUUUCGCUCGAAACCGCCGUUUUCUCCUUCGGCUCACAACCCUCGUUCACAAUCAGCUGUUAGGCCCAAGAACAAUGUUCAGGCCCAUGCGAAGCCCCGGCCCGUUAUCGCAGUCCAGCUCCUCUUCUGCCUACUCCGCAAUUUUCUCCCAAAUCACCAUACUUUCAGCCACGAAACCCUAACACUGCGCAGAGGCCAGUGA